UAUUCGGUACAUACAUACAUACAUACAUGUGUCAAGGAUUCAAUAUUCAGUACUGUUUGCAAUUUGUGUGACUUGUGUAGUGGUCUGGAAAUAAUUGACGAUAUUUUUAUAAACUUUUAUUUAUAUAUUAAUUUAGUACUCUUUUUAUGCGUGAAUAUAAUAAAGAUGUCUGGAAACAAAUGUCGUAAUUGUGGAUCUACCAACAUUGAGACUGAUCCAGGACGUGGAGAUGCAAUUUGUAUAGAAUGUGGUUUUGUACUAGAAGAUUCAGUUAUUAUUAGUCAAACAACUUUUGAAGAAUCAUCUUCUGGUAAAGUAAUGGUACUUGGACAUUUUGUUGCUAAUGAUAGCACAGGUAGUGCUACAAAUUUUGGUGCACCAUAUUAUGUUAAUGGAAAAGAAUCCAGAGGAAUCACUAUACAAAAUGCAAGGAAAGGUAUAACACAUCUUUGCUUGCAACUAGGAUUAAAUCAAAACUGCAUUGAAACAUCUGUAAACUUUUAUAAAAUGGCUUUGAAUCAUCAUUUGACACGUGGAAGAAAACAAGCUCACAACCAGGCUGCUUGUGUAUAUAUUACUUGCCGUGUUGAAAGAACUGAACAUAUGCUCAUUGAUAUCAGUGAUGUUCUCCAUAUCUGUGUUCACGAACUUGGUCGAACAUAUCUACGAUUCACUCAAGCUCUAUGUAUUAAUAUACCAUCAGUGGCAUUGAUCAAUUGUACAAAGUUUAUUUUAACAUUUUUAUUUUGCUAAAGAAAUUAUGACGAACGUUUUAAAUGAAAGUUGCAGAGCUUCAAAGAAGAUAUAAAAUAGUGUCAUUAGUUUGAUCUAGAAUUGUUUGAAAGUUACAUCAAGAGACGCGGUCGCGAUUGAUUGUCAAGUAUGAAAGUCAAUAAUUAAACUAGUAUGUCAUAUAUAAAUAAAUAAAUAUACAAGUUUUAUAAAUUAAAGUAUUUCU